CCUUCUUCUCAGAACUUCUGUUGGUUGGUGUUCUGUGUGACACUUUUUUUAUUUUGUUAAGCAUCCUUUUCUUUUGGUGUUUUAAUUUACUUGUUAGAGAAAAACUUGAUAAUCAGAGCUUACAUGCGGGGAAUAUCUGUAUUAUUACCUGUGAAGUACAAUUUCAGACAAUUACUGUACCCUGUUACAAGAUCAUGGGGUACUAUGGCUACUGUAACUCCAAGGAAACAGGAAAACGAAUACAAAGGAGGAAGAGGAUUGAAUGAGAAAACUGAUCCUAUAGUUGCUUUCAGCAGACCUCCGCCGCUCCCACCGGUUGUCGGACCUCUGCUUGCCCUAUCGUUUUUCGAAACAUGGUCGAGCCGCGAAGGUGGUGAUGAUGAAUAACUGCUGAUGUAGAGAUGUAUGCUCUUCUGCCAUCCAUGUUUUAUGUACAUAAGAGUCUCUGUGAGUGUCUUUUUUACUGAAAGUAUUUCUUUGAUAUGUAGAGUAGCAUGCUGAGUGCUAAGGUGAACAUUUGAGUCAUGAAAUUCCAAAUUCUGAUGUAGCUUUUAAGGAGUGGAUUGAUAAAAGGUGCCAAAAAUCUAGUGUAAAUCUUUGCUAGGAACUGUAUUAUGACAUAAGGACUCUUUAAGAACCCUGUGUUGAGAAAAAAAGUGUAUUGAGUAGUGUUAUAGUAAAUGCUAUAUGAGUGUUUUGUGUGCUGUUGAUAAACAUUAA